AUGGCAGCCCUAUUUGGCCCGCAGCCAGCUUCGCUUGGGAAAUUCAAUACGAAUAUCGAUAUCCUCGAGCACCACACCUAUAUACCCGCUUCAGAGCUGGUGCAACCGUACGGACUGCCUCAGCAUCGUCCGCGGGACCGUCUUCAGGAUCCUUCCCCAACUCGCGCUCUCAGUAAGUACGGCCCAUAUCCACCAUUCAACAAGACCCGGAGUACUCCGUGGACAGCUUGCUUGAAAAGCCUCAUUUUGUUCUUCAGGGUUCUCAUUGCGGCGUCUACCUUGACGUCUCAGUCAACUCUCAAGUUUACUGCUCUCCGUAAGCAGGGUUGA